UUUACGACAGUAGUAAAAAGUCGGAAAGUUGGCCUUUGCUUAACCGCAGUCUAUAGACCGUGUCUCGGCGAAAAACACGCCGAGUGUGAUGGAGCGUUGGCGGGGAAGAGUGGCUCUGGUCACCGGAGCCUCGGUCGGUAUCGGGGCGGCCAUUGCCAAAGAGUUGGUCCGCUUCGGAAUGACAGUGGUGGGCUGCGCGAGGGACGUGGACAAAAUAAAGUCGGUGGAGGCCGAGUGUCGGCGCGAAGGCCUCGGGGGCGUCCUGGUGCCGCUCGGGUGCGACCUGAGCAGCGAGGAGGACGUGGUGUCCGUGUUCGCCGCGAUCAAAGCGCAGCACAAGGGCGUGGACGUGUGCGUGAACAACGCGGGCGUGGCCCACCCGGAGCCGCUGCUGAGCGGCAAGAGCUCGGGCUGGAGGAACAUGCUGGAUGUCAACGUGCUGGCCUUGUCUAUAUGCUCACGAGAGGCUUAUCAGUCCAUGAAGGAAAGAAAUGUGGACGACGGACACAUUAUCAACAUCAACAGCAUGGGCGGCCACCGUAUGAUUCACAGCGCCGACGUGCACUUCUACAGCGCCACCAAGUUUGCGGUGACGGCGCUGACGGAAGCCCUGAGGCGGGAACUGCGGGAGGCGCGCACCCACAUCAGAGCCUCGUGUAUUUCUCCUGGUCUCGUAGAAACUGAAUUUUCUCUUCGGCUCAACAACGGCGACACUGAAAAAGCAGCGGCCGCUUACUCCAAAUAUAAGCCACUGGAGGCCAAAGAUGUUGCUGAUGCAGUCAUUUACGUCCUCAGCGCCCCUCCACACGUGCAGGUUGGAGAUGUUCAGAUGCGACCCGUGGAGCAGUUGAUGUAGCCCACCCGAGGUCAUCUCCAGCAACAAAAAAAAAAGGUCCUCAUUUUUACACUUAAUCGCAUCAUGAAGCUAAAAGUAAAUAUCAUUUGCAGUUUGAAAAAUGUCAAAAAGCAGAAAUGUACUGACUGCUGAAUAAAAACCACAGAAAAUGUCAACAUUGAGCAGAA